AUGGAAGACAUAUUUGUCCAAAGAAGGAUGAUAGUUAAAAAUGAUACAAUUGUCAGAACAUUAUGCUUUGGAAAAGCAGUUGCUAAAAACUCGAUCAAACCAAAUACACAGGCAUACGAGGAAAUGGUCUAUGUCUAUCAAUUUUGGAACAUGUUUGGCCAUAAUAUUGAAGAUUAUGUAGCCGCUUUAAUGUUUGUUCCAAAAGAAUUAAACGACAGAGGCUUCUUUGUUCUCACGCCACCUUGUUGCACAAAUAUAACAUACCAAAUCGCUAGAUACUUAGGAAUAAAUGUCACUUUUGUAACCAUACGUGAUGAAAGGCGCGAGCAAAUAUUUGCCAAGAAACUAUGGAUCAUCACUUCAAGAGAGCUUGGCCACGGCUACGCAAGUGGAGGUUUUCAUAGAAUGCGGGCUAUAAUUUUCCAAAAAGAAGAGUACAAGAAAAUCAAACCAGAAAGAUACGUUGUUGUUAACAGGCCUCCUCGAUCAAGGCGAUUCUUUGAUGAUGCAAACAAACUUGUCAAAAUUUUGAAUGAAAAUACAACUCUUGAAAAAGGUUGUCAAUGGGUGAGGGAUGAUAAAUCGUAUGGUAUUCCUUUUUCGGAUAUGAUCAAAUACUGGAUGUCAUUAAAAGUCCUUGUUACCGUUCAAGGAUCUGGAAUUUACAACGGAAUAUUUAUGCAUGAGAAUACAGGUAUGUGUUUAUUGUUUUGUGACAUUGUUGACACUCCAAAUCUUCAACUUUGUACGCAUCUACACAUAUUUACAAUCGGAGUGAUUCAUCCUGGACGACCAAUCCUUUCUUACAAGGCUCAACCAACAAAUUACACUGACAUGGUCACAUACACACAGAGAGUUGUUGAUGCUGUUUAUAACGGACAUUGGACAAGUCUCGACGGAUUAAGAGGAUUUCUAAAUGCUUCGUAUCCUGUAACAAAUGCAACUUAUUUCCUCUAUAACUAUAAGGAAUAUGCGAGACACUGGUAA